AUGACAGGUCCGGUGCAGAGCUGUUCCGCCACAGGAACAAACAGGCAGAAGUCAGGCUGGGAGCAGGCAGAAUCCGUUGUCAAGGGCGGAAGGCAGAAACCGCUUGUGGGAAAAGGAAAACAUUUCAUCGCAUACUCCCUUGCUGUGGAUGAGAGCACCGACAUAUCGGACAUUGCUCAGCUGUCAAUUUUCAUCCUAGGAGUGGACUCAAGCCUGUGCGUGACAGAAGAGUUGUUGGGAUUAUGUCCAAUGCAUGGCACAACUACAGGAAAGGAUCUGUAUGAACAGGUAUCUGGGUGUGUAAAUGACAUGGAGCUGCCUUGGGAUAAACUUGUGGGACUAACAACAGACGGAGCGCCCACAAUGUGCAGUCAUAAAAGUGGCUUGGUGGCAAGGAUUCGGGAGAGAAAAAAGGAGAACGACGGCACGGGUGAGCUGAUAUCUUAUCACUGCAUCAUACACCAGGAGUCGUUGUGUGGCAAAGCUUUGAAAAUGGAACAUGUAAUGAGCACCAUAACACGAGCAGUUAACUUCAUUAGAGCAAAAGGUUUAAAUCACCGCCAGUUCAAGACGUUUCUGGAGGAGUUAAAUUCUGAGUAUGGUGACCUGCCCUAUCACACAGAGGUGCGGUGGCUAAGCAAGGGAAAGGUGUUGAAAAGGUACUUCAGGCUGCGUGAGGAUAUCUGUGUGUUCAUGGAAAGCAAAGGGAAAGACACAACAGAGCUCCGUGAUGAAAAGUUCCUGUGUGAAGUCGCAUUUCUGUGUGACAUCGCUGGCCAUCUGAAUGAACUGAACCUGCUGCUGCAGGGGCGGGGCCAUGUCAUCUCUGACAUGUAUUCUACUGUGAGGGCGUUUAAAACCAACUGGGAAACGCAGAUGCGAUAAAAUAACUUUGCCCAUUUUUCGUGUUGCAAGACCAUGCACGAGCUGGUCUCUAAACAGCCUACUGAGCUUAGUGAGCCUACUGUCGUGUUCCCGAGUACACUGUUUGCUGACAAACUCGGCAUACUUGCUGCCAACUUCAGCUGACGAUUUUCCGACUUUGAAGCCCAAAAAAGCAGGCUUCAACUGCUCAGCAUUGCAGUUGACGUGGAAAGUGCACCAGUAAAUCUCCAAAUGGAGCUGAUUGAGCUUCAGUGUAAUGACACCCUGAAGGCAAAAUUUGAGUCCGUGAGCGCUGCUGAGUUUGCACGUUUCAUCCCCGACACAAUGCCUGAGCUGCGCACCCAAGUUGCUCGCACGCUGUCUAUGUUUGGCAGCACAUACCUGUGUGAACAACUGUUUUCGUUGAUGAAACUAAACAAAACAUCACAUAGGAGUCGUCUUACUGAUGAACACCUGAACUCAGUUCUGAGGAUUUCCUCAGCUCAGACGCCAAACAUUGAUGAACUUGUACUCAUCAAGAUGAGACACCAAGAUGUAUUUGAGGCCGUGUCUUGGGAGAACGACUGGGGUCGGGUGCGCUGCCAUAUGGGUGGCAGUGAAGGUCGGGGGUCUCGACGUACUGGACCUGGUGGGAAGAAGCUGGCUCUGGAGACGUGGAUGUCACCUCGCUGUGGGGGAAAGAGCCAGAGCACGGAGUAUUCGGCCUUCUUGGAGGCCCUAGAUGGAGUCCUGCAAGGGGCUCUGUCGGGGGACUCCAUAGUUCUGCUGGGAGAUUUCAACGCACAUGUGGGCAACAAUGGGUAA